GCCCGCGGCCGUCCAAUCCGAAUCCAGCCCCAGCCCGGCCAGCAGCCCCAGUCAGUCGCAGUCGGUCAAGUCAGUCGGUCGUGGUGCAGCGCGGAGCCUGAACAGGCCAACAGGCGCGCGGCGUCUUGGCGUGCGCGACGGGGAUGCGAGCAGCGAGCGUGUGAGCGUGCGCGUGAGAGAGAGGGAGAGACUGCGGCGCACACGAAGAGAGAGAGAGAGAAGGACGCACGCUCUUGCUGUGCCGUGCCGGUGUUUCGUGAACAGGACACUCCCUCGCCCGCGCCGCCACCAUGUUCCGUAUCACCAUCGACUGGAGGAAGGUGUUCCAAGGAUGCAUCCCGCAGCGCUACGUGCUGGCCGUCAUGGGCUUCCUGUGCCUCGUCAACAUGUUCACCAUCCGCGUCUCCCUGCACGUGGCCAUCACGGAGAUGGUGCUGGAGAGCGAGGGCAACGGCACGCUGGGCGCCGAGGCCGUGGGCGACGCCCUGGACAGCGUCCUGGACAACGCCACCACGCCCGUGUUCGUGGACCCCUACGCCUGCCCCGACCCGGCGGACAUCGUGGGGAAUGCCAGCACGGUGCGCGCGCCCCUCGUAGCGGCUGAGGACCGCUUCGCGUGGAGCGAGGAGGUGCAGGGCGUGCUGCUGUCGUCCUUCUACUGGGGCUACGUGCUGACGCAGAUCCCCGGCGGGCUGGUGGCGGACCGCUUCGGCGGCAAGCACACCCUCACGGCCGGCAUGGUGGUGUCCAUCGCGGCCACGGCGCUGUCGCCGCUCGCCGUGCGCAUGGCCGGCUGGCCCGGCAUGCUGGCGGCCAGGGUGGUGUGCGGCCUGGGCCAGGGCGCCAUCUUCCCCGCGCUCAACGUGCUGCUGGCGGCCUGGGUGCCCGUCGAGGAGCGCGGCAAGCUGGGCGCCCUGGUGCUGUCCGGCUCCAACCUGGGCACCGUGGCCGGCACGGCCAUCAGCGGCACCCUCAUCCACCUGCUGGCGUCCUGGGACGUCGUCUUCUACUCCUUCGCCGCGGCCGCCAGCGUCUGGACGGCGUGCUGGUGCCUGCUGUGCUACGACUCGCCCGCCGCGCACCCCUACAUCACCUCCAGCGAGAGCAAGUACCUGCAGGACAAGCUGAGCCACAAGCACGGCAAGGGCAGCGGGCCCGUGCCCUGGAAGGCCAUCCUCACCUCCUUGCCGCUGUGGGGCCUGGUCGCCAAGACCGUGGGCCACGACUGGGGCUUCUUCACCAUGAUCGCCGACCUGCCCAAGUACAUGAAGAGCGUCAUGAAGUUCCGCAUCCAGGAGAACGGCUUCCUGUCGGCGCUGCCCUACCUCGCCAUGUGGCUGUGCUCGCUGCUGUUCGGCUGCCUGGCCGACUGGCUCAUCAAGACUGACCGCAUGUCCAUCACCAACACCAGGAAGCUGCUCACCACCGUCUCGUCGCUGGGCCCCGCGGCCGGCAUCAUCGGGGCGUCCUACGCGGGCUGCGACCGCUACCUGGUGGUCUCGCUGUUCACGCUGGGCAUGGCCUCCAUGGGCGCCUACUACUCGGGCACCAGGGUGAACGCCCUGGACCUGUCGCCCAACUACGCGGGCACCAUCAUGGCCCUGGUGAACGCCAUCGGCGCGCUGUCCGGCAUCGUCACCCCGUACCUCAUCGGCGUGCUCAUCCCCAACAGCGCCAUGGAGGAGUGGCGGGUCGUGUUCUGGAUCACGGUGGCGGUGCUCGUGGCCACCAACAUGGUCUUCGUGGCGCUGGGGUCCGGCGAGGUGCAACACUGGAACGAGCCGGUGCGGCGCCCCGGCCAGGAGGAGGACGCCAAGGAAAAGGACAAGGACUCGGACGGGGAGCUGCGUCUGGAGAGCUUCAGGUACAUCCCGGAGCAGUAGGCAAGGAAUUUUCAUCAUCGUAGUCGUUCAGGAUGCGGCGUCAUUCACAUUUUAUAAGACUGAAGAAGCCAACUGACUCUAGCUGUGGGAGAAGUUGGUUCAAACUUGAUGCUGAUCAAAGUAGGUUUUAGUCAAAGUCGUUGACCACUUUCAGCUUCCUCAUUCUAUUCCUUUCACAUGCAUGCUCAAUGAAUCUCUUCUGAACAGAUUCACUUUUAUUCUUAUGACGUGUAACCCUUGUGUUUCUUUUUAAUUCAGUUUUAUCUACUUGAUUUUUAUCUGGUUGUUAGUAUGUAAGUUAGGUGACAUUCGUGUAAAUAAAGUAGUUCUAAGAUGGAACAAUGAA